AUACUGAAAAUUAAGAUUCGGUCAUUAUGACAUAUUUUUCGUGUAACAAGACAUCAGACUCGUCUUUAUUGGCCAAAUAUGUUUACGCAUACAAGGAAAUUGACUCCGGUUUAGCAGCUCUCAAUGUAUUUACACAAAAUAACAACAAUCUUUAGGAUGAUCAGUGGUUAAGAAGCAUUCAGAUCCUUCUCACCAUGCUGAGAACCUCAACAUACAGCUCUUCAGAAGGUUACAUGUCCAAAUUGGAAAUUCUAUUUUGUUUUCUGACCAUAGAAUUCGACUAUAAUCGCAUUAUAGUUUCUUUGUCUUGAGCUGCACAAUCAAAUGAUAUCUCGUUUCUUCUUCAUUUCUACCGUAAUUACAUAACAACACUCAACAUGGGGAAAAGGUUACUGGUUCCACUGGGGCUCGAACCCAGGACCUUCUGCGUGUAAAGCAGACGUGAUAACCGCUACACUAUGGAACCAGAUGCCACAAUAGCAGCAAAAAAAUAUUUUUAUUUUCUAUCAAGGUGCUUUUGUAACGACAGUUCUGCAAAUCUAACGUACUGUAUUUACGAUUUCUUCUAAUUUUCUAAUUUAACACUCUCUGUAUACAGUAGAUUGCACUGACGCUGGCGAGUUAGGCUGGAUAUUUGUGACACUACAUGCAUUAUUUUAAUAGGAUGAUUAACAUAAUGGACAGAUUAAAAGUAUAGGGUAGAACUUUUACUUUUAAAUGAACGUCCGUUACAUUUAAGCCCUUGCCAAACGAGUUCACACAAUGCUGAUUAAGCCUAUCACCUUUUGUUUUCACAGUGGCGACGGCUCCGCGCUGAUAAAUGUAUACUGGCAGAGCAUGCGCACUAGAGACUUCCGACCUCCGGUUAGCUCUCUGCUAACUUGAAUGGGGAUAAGAUCAUUUAAUCGUGCGGCUCUUCUAGUCUUUCUAAAUGUUAUCGGACCGAAUGGAUCAAAUUACGAGUCAUUUCGCGGGUGUUGCGUGACGCUCAAACCAGUUCAUCCACCAUUUUACAGCCGCAACAGAGUAGGCUCCGACGUAGCUUAUGACGUGUUCAGGUGUUCGAGAUGAACCAACAGCAGGAUGUGCAGGUGUUGUGGUGGGCGGGACUUGAAAAAAACAGACGUACUCUAAGCAUGCAGCUGCUAUUCAACAUAUCAACAGCCCACAGAGGAGAGGAAGUGUCGCUCUGCAGCUGUCCUACAUGAUGACUUCCUGUCAAGAGUUCGAGGUGACGGUUCACACCUCACCCGGUCCCACCUGUGGAACCUUCAGCCGCCUGUGGCUCAACCUGAUUGGCUCGCAGGGGGAGACUACACCCAUCAGUGUGAACGAAGGCGACCUGCAUCUUCAUCCCGGAUCGUCGUGUCGGGUCCGGGUGUCUGCCAACGCUCCUCUGGGUCGUCUGGUUCUGGUCCGGCUCCGGCUGGAGGCUCGGACCGGAUUCCCCAACCUGGACUGGCACUGCAGCCAGGUGGAGGUCUGCAGGCUGGCUGACGGACAGGUCGAGGAGGAGGGGCGAGGCGGUGAGGGGUCCGGGUCCGAGGAUCCAGAAACGCAGGUGUUCCCGUGCAACAGAUGGCUGCGGUUGGCAGACGGUGACGUAGAGCUGAACAACGGAAAAUUGUGUUUGCUGAAGGAUGAGACAGACGAGCAGCUGAAGGAGCUGCGACUGCGACAGCUGCAACAUCAGCAGAAGCUCAUCAGGUGGUGUAAGUUCGUCGAUGGCGCUCCGCACUGUGUGGACCUGAACAGCAUGUCUGAACUCGGGCCGAACCUCAGCUACACACACAAGAGUCCGGCUGUCAACCUGCACUAUCUGAAAGGCUUCAUCGGCCGAGCGGAGGCCUGGGCGAGCUUCACCGAGCUGGAGAUGUUUUUUGCCCAGAUUGCGAACCAGAACAACAUGGCCAAGUUCAUUCGGGCUCACUGGAUGGAGGACUGGUAUUUCGGCCACCAGUGUCUGAACGGUUGCAACCCUCUGCUGCUGCAUCAGAUCCGCCUCCUUCCUCCUCACCUGUCCGUCACCUCUGACAUGCUCCGCCCCUUCCUGCCUGAAGGUUCCUCCCUUGAGGCGGAGCUACAGAAAGGGAGCGUGUACCUGCUGGACUACGAGGUGCUGGACGGCGUCCCGGCCAAUGUGGUCAACGGGAAGCAGACGUACCUGUCCGCUCCUCUGUGCCUUCUCCAUCUGAACCAGCAGGGACAGCUGCUGCCCAUCGCCAUCCAGUUGCAACAGAAGCCCGGCCCUGAGAACCCGGUCUUCCUGCCCUCUGACCCCGGCUGCGAUUGGCUGCUGGCUAAGAUUUGGGUCCACAGUGCGGACUUCCAGUGUCACCAGUUGGCCUCCCACUACCUGAGGACCCACAUGUUGGGAGAGCUGUGCUGCGUGGCCACGCUGCGGCAGCUCCCAGACCAGCACCCACUGCACCAGCUGCUGAUGCCACACAUCAGGACGUCUCUGCAGAUCAACUACCAGGCCAGAGUCUCGCUGCUGGCACCUGAUGGGGUUUUUGAUAAGGCGGUGGGCUGUGGUCUGGAGGCGUUACCAGUCUUCCUCUCUCGGGCGUCAGCAGGGAUUCAUUACCGAUCCCUGUGUGUCCCUGACGACCUGUCCGACCGCGGUGUGGACAAAUUACCGCAGAGCUACUACGCCCAGGACGCUCUGAGAGUCUGGGACGCGCUGCACAGGUUUGUAUUCAGCUGGGUGGAUCUGUAUUACAGCGGAGACGACACGGUGCAGCAGGACUCUGAGCUUCAACACUGGAUCACCGACAUCAACACACACAGCUUCACACAAAAGUCGGGUUUCCCUCAGUCUUUCCAAACCAAAGCAGAAGUGUCCAAGUUUGUCACCAUGAUCAUCUACAGCUGCUCAGCACUUCACGCCGCUGUUAACUUCUCCCAGCUGGAUUUCGCUCUCUGGACGCCAAACUGUCCGGUCUCCAUGUUGCGUCCUCCUCCGCAGCUCAAAGGCGCGGUGACGGAGGAAGACAUCUUGUCCUUCCUGCCGGACGUGAACUCCACCUGUCGCGUCCUGACAACACUGACUCUGUUGUCGCAGCCCGCCGUCAACUACGUUCCUCUGUGUCACUACAAGGAGGCUGUUUUCGGUGAUGGCGCCCACCGCAGGCUGGUGGAAGAGGUGCAGGCUGAGCUCCAGGCCAUUUCUGAUGACAUCACAGAGCGCAACAGCCAACUGGAGCUGCCGUAUCCUUACCUUUGUCCCGGAAGCAUCGAGAACAGCGUGGCCAUUUAGAUUAACACUUGUUUCUUCAACGUUUCCAACAACAGUGAUUAUUUUCUGAGGCAGCAAAGACAGGAUGUGAUUUCAAUUGUUUGGAUUCCUAAUGAAUGUGAAAGUCAAAGUAUUUGACUCAGAUUAGUGUGUUUUUUUUAAACUACAACAAAAAUUAAUGGUGGUAAUGGUUUUGAUUCAUUUCUAUAAAAACAAGUUAAAGACACUUGGAACGAAAAUCCA